CAUCGUCUGUUUGUAGCCAGACGCUCUGCACAUAUUCGCAUCAAGAUUCCAUUUGAAUUCAUUCCCACUUCUUCUCUUCUCUUCUCCCAUAACCCCUUUUCAUUUUUUCUCCAUUUUCUGCUGCUUUUCCACAGAUUUCUUCUUCAAAUCACCUUUCGCAGCAUGACGGUUUCUUCCAAUGAAGUGAACAGCAAAACAGCGCUUGCGCCACUUGCUCCACUUGAAGCAGUAUUAUUCGAUGUCGAUGGAACUCUUUGUGAUUCGGAUCCCAUCCACCUAGAUGCUUUCCGUGAAAUGCUUCUAGAGAUUGGGUUCAAUGGUGGGGUUCCAAUCGAUGAAGAAUUCUUCAUUAAGAACAUUGCGGGAAAACAUAAUGAUGAUAUCGCAGCCGUCCUUUUCCCUGAUGAUCUAGAAAAGGGUUUAAAAUUCUGUGUUGAUAAAGAGGCUUUAUUUCGGAAAUUGGCGAAGGAGAAGAUCGAGGCCAUAAAGGGUUUAUACAAAUUAACAAAAUGGAUUGAAGAUCAUGGGUUGAAACGUGCUGCGGUUACUAAUGCUCCGAGGCCAAACGCGGAGCUAAUGAUCUCAACUCUUGGUUUAACUGAUUUCUUUCAUCAUCUCAUCAUCGGUGAUGAGUGUGAGCAUCCCAAACCGGCACCUGAUCCUUACUUGAAGGCUCUUGAACUUCUCAACGUGUCAAAAGACCAUACAUUCAUCUGUGAGGAUUCGGUUUCUGGGAUUAAGGCUGGUGUGGCGGCGGGAAUGCCAGUUGUUGGCUUAACGACUAGAAAUCCAGAAAAUGUGCUAAUGACAGCAAAUCCUACACUUCUCAUUAAAGAUUACGAAGAUCCAAUACUAUGGGCAGCUUUAGAAGAGCUCGAUAAGAAGGCAGGUGACGCUUGAAACAUUUUAAUCAUAACGAACAUUUCGUAUAUCUAGAUUUAAACCAUUUACAAGACUGGAAUUUUUGUAGCAUCAUUAUCAGCCUAACUUGAAAGGGUUAGAUGACUGUUGAUUAGCACCUAUCUCUCUCACAAUCUUGAUAUCGUAAUAAUGAGAAACUUUUCUCUUAAAA